UCCCUGGGGCCUCAGGGCCGCCCGGCCACCGCUCUGCCGCUGCGGGGGCUGUUUACCUCGGGGAGGGCGAAGGGACAGCGCGGCCCGGGGAGCCCGAACCGGCGGCUGCCGGGCUGUGGGAACUGCCAUCUAAUCCCCGUGAUCCGGGUCGGCGGCUCCGUGGGGAGCGAGGGCAGCGCCCCCCGCUCCCGGCGCCAGCCCCAGGUCGCCUCCGCACAAGCGUGGGGACUCCCCACGGCGCAAUCUCCCCGGCUGCCUGGUUGUGGCCGCUUCUGCUUAGGGAACGUGGAGGCCAAGCAGCAGAAGUGAUUUCUGAAAACGAGCUUGAAGAAGUGACACUCUAGAGACUUAGUGCUGAGCCGCAUCGCAUCUUGCCUUUAUCCUCAGAAUCAACUAUCAAGAUAAAGGCACAAAAAUGACAGAGUUUUGGCUGAUUUCUGCUCCUGGGGAAAAGACCUGUCAACAGACAUGGGAGAAGCUACAUGCAGCAACUACAAAACAUAACAAUCUUUCCACUAAUUCAAAGUUCAAUAUUCCGGACUUGAAGGUUGGCACACUGGAUGUUUUGGUUGGUUUGUCAGAUGAGCUGGCUAAACUGGAUGCAUUUGUGGAGAGUGUUGUAAAGAAGGUGGCCCAAUAUAUGGCUGAUGUGCUGGAAGACAGUAAAGAUAAAGUUCAGGAGAAUCUUCUGGCCAAUGGAGUUGACUUGGUCACCUAUAUAACAAGGUUCCAAUGGGAUAUGGCCAAAUACCCUAUCAAGCAAUCCUUGAAGAAUAUUUCAGAAAUUAUUGCAAAGGGAGUAAACCAGAUUGACAAUGAUCUAAAAGCAAGAGCCUCGGCAUACAAUAAUCUGAAAGGGAAUCUUCAGAAUUUGGAAAGAAAGAAUGCGGGAAGCUUGCUAACCAGAAGUCUUGCUGAUAUUGUAAAGAAAGAGGACUUUGUACUUGAUUCAGAAUAUUUGGUCACGUUAUUAGUGAUUGUGCCGAAGUUAAAUUACAACGACUGGGUUAAGCAGUAUGAAACACUAGCAGAGAUGGUUGUACCACGUUCCAGCAAUGUACUCUUUGAGGACCAAGACAGCUACCUUUGUAAUGUCACCUUGUUCAGGAAGGCAGUGGAUGACUUCAAGCACAAAGCCAGAGAAUAUAAGUUUAUGGUCCGUGACUUCCAGUACAAUGAAGAAGAGAUGAAAGCCGAUAAAGAAGAAAUGAAUAGACUGUCAACUGACAAGAAGAAACAGUUUGGGCCUCUGGUUCGGUGGCUGAAAGUUAAUUUCAGUGAAGCUUUCAUUGCAUGGAUUCAUGUGAAAGCGUUACGUGUUUUUGUUGAAUCUGUUUUAAGGUACGGUUUGCCAGUUAACUUCCAGGCAAUGCUGCUUCAGCCUAAUAAGAAAACAAUGAAGAAACUGAGGGAAGUUCUGUAUGACUUAUACAAACAUCUUGACAGCAGUGCAGCAGCUAUCAUUGAUGCAACUAUGGAUAUUCCAGGUUUAAACCUCAGCCAACAGGAGUACUACCCAUAUGUGUACUACAAGAUCGAUUGUAAUUUACUGGAAUUCAAGUAAAAGUUCCCUAACAUGACAA